AUGCCAAUUAAGGCUUCGGGUGAAGUUGUAAGUUAAUUUUCCUUAUUUUGUUUUUAAUUUUUAGAUAUCGGUUUUGGAUUGGAAAGAUGUAUGAGAUAUGAGAGAGCUUUUUGAGGCUGGGUUUUAAAGUUUAGUUGCUGGAGGGAGUAUAGGAUGGAGUUUUAUUGUUUUAGGGAUAAAAUUGAUGUUGUUUUUGAGGAUUUUGAGAUUUACAUAGUCUAAAUUAACUUUUUGUUUAGAUUUCUUUAUAGAAAAUCUUAGGAAGGUUCUUAUUUAUCUUUUGGAACAAAAAGAGUUAAAAAAGGAAGAGGUUUUUAAGCAAAAAUUAGAUUUUACGAGGUUAGGUACGAUAAUAUUUUAAAUUAUGAUAAAACUAGUUUACUUUGAAAAAUGUGGUUCUUAAACUUUUUAGACUUGCUUUAGGGAUUAUUUUUAAGCAUUUGAGACUAAAUUAGGAACAACAAACUUACAAAGACAUUAUAAUAUCAAUACAUAUUUUAGUUGAGAGAGUUUGUCAUUGUUGGCCGUAAAUUGCCGACCGAGCGUGACCCCAACCCAAGACUCUACAAGAUGCAAAUCUUUGCCUCGAACCACGUUGUAGCCAAAUCUCGCUUCUGGUACUUUGCCUCAUCCCUUCGUCGUGUCAAGAAGACCCAAGGAGAAAUCGUCUCAUGCGAAGAAGUCAGUUGGCCUUUAGUUUUCUAUACUUUGAGCGGGUGCUUUUAAGCUUUAUCGAUUUGAUUUUUAUUUUGAGAUUUGGGGACUUUUUGAUGAUAUCAGAUGGUUUUUUGGGGUUGGGCGGUUAUUUUAGGUUUUAUACGUGAAAUUUGAAGUUGAUUAGCUUUUAAGUAGCUGUAACAUAGAAAAAGUUAAUAUUUUGAAAUUCAUUAAAUAGAAAAGGAUGAAGUUGCAAGUUUUUGAUCAAAAGUUUGAUGUUUAGGUAUUAUUUUCGUCUAAAAACCACUUCGGUGUUUUCCGGAAAUUUCCUAAGCAUUACACAUAGUUUUGAUCAUUGGUUUGCGAUAAAAGACCUUGCUUUUUGUUAUCUUUUUAUUGCGGGUACUUUAAAGUUGAACGGAACUUUGUUUUCAGUUUCAGAUUGUCUAAUAUUUAAUUUGUAAUUGCUCACAUGAUUUUAUCAUAGAAAAACAGACGUUUUUAUGAAGUAUUCUGCUUUUUAGUUUGAAAUUUAUGCUUUUUGGGGGGUUUUUAUGAUACAAUAGCUAGAAAAAAUGUUAUUCUAGGCUAUUUUUUUACAGUUUAGGUUAAAAUUUAUAUAUCUUUUUACAUUUUUACCUAUAAACCUUUAGGUAUUCGAACGCAAGGCCGGCAAUGUCAAGAACUUUGGUGUGUGGCUGCGUUACGAUUCCCGUACCGGACAUCACAACAUGUACCGUGAAUACCGUGACGUGACAGUCGCUGGAGCCGUCACCCAAGCCUACCGUGACAUGGGGGCGCGCCAUCGUGCUCAAGCUGAUCGUAUCCAAAUCAUCAAGGUGCAACGCGUCCAAGCCGCCGACACCAAGCGCCCCAACGUCAAGCAGUUCCACGACUCCAAGAUCAGAUUCCCACUGCCACACCGUGUACCAAAGAGAAGCCACGUCGCCCUCUUCACCACUCGCCGGCCCAGAACUCACUUUGCCUAA